CCACAGAGUUUGUAGGCAGUUCCGGUGUGACUCGCUUCACUCCCGCACCGGACUUGGCUCCUUGUGUUUUCAUUUUUUUUUUUCCUCUCCUGGCUGGAAUCUGAGGUGACCAUGUCCGGUCGUGGAAAGCAGGGCGGCAAAGUGCGGGCCAAGGCCAAGUCCCGCUCGUCGCGCGCGGGCCUGCAGUUCCCGGUGGGCCGAGUGCACCGACUGCUGCGCAAAGGUAACUACGCCGAGCGGGUGGGCGCGGGCGCGCCCGUGUACCUGGCCGCCGUCUUGGAGUACCUGACGGCCGAGAUCCUGGAGCUGGCGGGCAACGCGGCGCGGGACAACAAGAAGACGCGCAUCAUCCCUCGCCACCUGCAGCUGGCCAUCCGCAACGACGAAGAGCUCAACAAGCUGCUGGGCAAAGUGACCAUCGCCCAGGGCGGCGUCCUGCCCAACAUCCAGGCCGUGCUGCUGCCCAAGAAGACCGAGAGUCAGAAGGCCAAGAGCAAGUGACCAGCCUGGACAGCUGGCCCUUAGACCCCGGAAACCCGCCUCGGCAGAGCCUCUCAACGCCGUCCUGCGGUGGUGUGCAUCUGGACUGUGCUGGAGGUCAGGGAGGGCCGGCGCCAUCCCGCGGGGAGAUGGACGGCGAAGGGGCCCGCCCGGGGGGCCAGCAGCCAAUAAAGUCGGUGAAAACCGUG